CACGGGAUCGUUGACGCUCUCCUGUCUGAUUGCACAGCCAAGAACAUCCCAAAGCGCCUCCUCACCCUCAUGGACAGCAGGAAUGUCUUCCAUGGCUCCUGCUUGGGAAUGGCAGUGGCUGUUGGGAGCUCUGGCAGGAGCACCUGGAGACCAGAGCACCUUAACAUCCACCUUGAAGAGCAUCAGGAGGGAAGCAGGGAGACUGCAGAGAUGUAGGGGAGGAUCAUCCUGGAGAACCAUGAGUAGGGACAACGCAUGCCAAGCCAGGCAUCUCCUGUUGUUUUUUCUUACAAAGAAGAAACAGCUUCAGCCUUCAUCUCAGCUCCUGCCUGGAGGCUCCUGGGCUCCAGUUCCUUACUGUACUCUGGGCUCAGCACCAAAUCCAGGUUGUGCUGGAUGAUUUCAAAGUCCCAGACUGAAGACACACAGGGGAUUGAAGGCAGCACCAAGAUCUUGUAGGACUGUCUCCAAACAGAUCUCACUGCAAAGAGGAUUUUCCAGCCCGAGGAAACCUCCAGCAGGGAGUUCACACAGACCACACACUUUGAAGGAAUGCCAGGAAUCAAUUGCACCCAAGCAACGGAGCUCAGCUUGGCAGGAGUCACCGAGGACUCAGCAACUCAGGUCACCCUCUUCCUGCUCUUCCUGCUCACCUACCUUGUCACCAUCCUGGGGAACCUGGGCAUGAUCACCUUGAUCAGAGCCAGUGCCCUGCUCCAUUCCCCCAUGUACUAUUUCCUGGGCAACCUGGCUUUUGUGAACCUCUGCACUUCCACCACCAUCACCCCCAGGAUGCUGGCUGGGGUUUUGCUGGGGAAGAAGGGAAUCACCUAUGCUGGGUGCAUGGCUCAGAUAUUCACUUUUGGCCUGUUUCUGGUCACUGAGUGUUUCCUGCUGGCUGCAAUGGCCUAUGACCGAUUUGUGGCCAUUUGUCACCCCCUGCUCUACCCCCUUGUGAUGUCCCCAGAGCGCUGCUCCCGGCUGGUGACCGGCUCCUACCUCCUGGGGCUGACCAACGGCAUGGGACAAACCUUUGGCAUGUCCAGCCUGUUCUUCUGCCACUCCAGCACUGUUGAUCUGUUCUUCUGUGACAUUUCCAUGCUGAUCUCCCUCUCCUCCUCUGACACCACCCUCAGCCUCCUCAUCCUGAGGAUUUCUUCAUCCUUGCUCGGCGUUCCCAGCCUGCUGGUGGUCCUGGUGUCCUAUGUGGCCAUCAUCUCCAGCAUCCUGAGCAUCAGCUCAGCCGAGGGCAAGAGCAAAGCCCUCUCCACCUGUGCCUCCCACCUCGCCGCCCUCAGCACCUUCUAUGGGCCACUGAUUUUCAUGUACCUAAUCCCCAGGGCAGACACCUCCAGGGGAGGGGAUAAAUGGGCUGCUGUGCUCUACACUGUGGUCAUCCCCGUGCUGAACCCCUGGAUCUACAGCCUGAGGAACCGGGAGGUGAAGGAGGCUUGGAGGAGACUCAGGAAAAUAAAAUUAGCUUGGACAUUUUAAUGUUGUGGGGAUGUGGGUGAUACACUGGGAUUUUUGUGAAAUAUGUAGAGAGACAUUUUUUGGGGCCUUCUGCACUUUGAUUUAGAUGAUGUGCUGGCUGAUUCAGUAUCAGCUGAAAAUAACAAUUUCACUCCAGUUUUGGUGUUUGGAUGAGGCUUGGAGCAGCCUGGUCGAGUGGAAGGUGCCCCUGCCCACAGCAGGAGGUUGGAACUGAGUGAGCUUUGAGGUCCCUUCCAACCCAAACCAUUCCAGAAUUCUGUGACACAUUUGGUGUUAAAGCAUUGCAUAUAUGAAAAAACCCCAAACCCUCCACAUCAGUGUGCAUUAUCUCACCCUGUGCCAGAUCCAUGGUGAACUUCAGAGUGAUGAGACUCCCCCAGAGACUCAGAACAACUUGGGAUGGAGGAGAAGCUGCUCAGUUGGA